AAAAACAUAAGAAGACGAAGUAGAAGAAGAACAUAAACAUAAACAUUAAACUUUAUGUGCAUUCCUCGGUAGCAGUCGUUGCCCUUCACAGACUCACUCAGCUCAUGUUUCAAAUCUGUGUGUGAAUUUGGCAGAGACCCAGAAAACAAUGCCGUCUCUGCAAACUGCGCUGCCCCCUGAACUUGCCAACAAUGCCAUUAGACUCUACCGGGAGUGCCUUCGCAGAGCUAAGUAUAUUGGUCACAGGCAAAAUAAUACUGAACUUCUCGUCGAAAUGAUAAGGCAGCAGUUCAAGAGAAACAUGCAUGAGACAGAUCCAGAGAAAAUUCAAAAGUUCAAGGAUGAUGCAGCAAGGGGGCUUAUAAAUCACAUAUUGUACGAGUCCGAGAAGAUGUCUGGUCGUAAAUUCAGCAAGACUUCUUGAUGUUGUUCGACUUUGUAUCCAUGAGAUAUUUUUCUUGUUUAUUUUUCCGAUUGAGAUUUAGCAUGAGAACAGAGUAAUAAUGGUAAAUGUAGCUUUCUUUAAGGCUAUUUUGUUGUGGAGAUUUUAUGAAGUGCCUUUUUUGGAUAAAAACCAAAAGUUGUUACAUUAUGAAGUUAUAAUGAUAAACAAGCCAAUUAGGCUUUAUAUUUGUUA